GACAUCUGAGAGCCCUGGGUCACCCUACCCCAUCCAGCCUCUAUCAUUGCUGCUUUGUUCCAUAUUUAGCUCCUGACAACUGUGCCUAGUGCAGGAACUCCCAGCUCUGUUUUUCCCUCCUCCCUCGGCUGUCUCCUCUCCCUUAGAGAGAUUUCUCUCAGAAAUUUCUCUUUCUUUUUCUCCGUGGCCAUAAGCUAAUACCCCUGUACUCAAGAAGAUGGCAGAAAAGCAGGAGGAGCCCAGCAACACCCAGAAUGGUGAACCUGACAACGCAGAAGAAGGUGAGGAAAAAAAGAAGAAGAAGUUGAAGCGGGAAGACCUGCCACCGUUUGAAAUUGUGACAGGGGAACGCCUCCCAGCCAUGUUUUUCAAAUUCCAGUUCAGGAAUGUGGAAUACAGCUCAGGCAGGAACAAAACCUUCCUGUGUUAUGUUAUUGAGACCCAAGGCAAAGAGUCAGUGACUUCUCGGGGUUACCUGGAAGACGAGCAUGCGGCCGCCCAUGCAGAAAUGGCUUUCUUCAACACAAUUUUACCGAAGUGUGAAUCAAACCUCCGCUACAACGUCACCUGGUACGUCUCUUCCAGUCCCUGUGUGACCUGCGCCGAUCGGAUAACCGAGAUGCUAAAGAAGAACAAGAACCUGCGUCUGACAAUCAUGGUAGGGCGCCUCUUCAUGUGGGAAGAGCCAGAAAUGCAGGCUGCCCUGAAAAAAAUGAAGUCAGCUGGCUGCAAGCUGAGGAUUAUGAAGCCUCAAGACUUUGAGUAUGUCUGGCAGAACUUUGUGGAACAGGAGGAAGGAGAGGAAGCAAAGGCUUUCGUGCCAUGGGAGGACAUUCAAGAGAACUUCCAGUAUUAUGAGGAAAAGUUGGCUGAGAUUUUGCACUGAAGCUCACGUGAGUGAGGAUUUCCACUUGGUCACCUAUCUAUUCAUAUUAGUAUUACAGACUCCUCUUUUUUUCUUCCAGUUGUUAAAGGCAUAACCCAGAGCCAAUUUCAGUUACUGUUACUCUCACACAUACCUGGCUGGGUUUGCCUGUACCCGAAUAUUGAAAAUAAUCCUAAGCAGUACCUUCCCCCUUCAAAGGUGGUAACACGACAGCAGGCUCCUCCACAGCAGACACUUAAGGGAGUUAGAACUGGUUUGUUGUUUGUUUUUUUUUUUUCUCCUCAGAGUAAACACCUCCAGGAAUCAAGAAUAAAAAGGUACUAGGGUCAGUAGGUGCAACAAGAAUACCUCAUUGUUGCCCACAUGCAUGAUAUUCAAGACACAUGGCAACAGUGAGAGGAAUGUACAGAAAAGGGGAUUUCCCCCAUCCCUCAAAGCCUAGCCCUCUAGAAAAAAAAACAACCACUAGAGGAAAUUAGACUUAUCAUUGCAGAAUUCCCCCCCCCGCCCUUUUUUUUAAGGGGUACUCAAGAGUCACCUAUUUAAGCCAUAAAAACAUGAAGGCAUUUAAAGGUUCUAACAUGUCUCUCUUUUUCCUUCCCCAGGACCAAUUCAGAAAGGAUCCAUGAAGAGAGAUGCAACAGACUCAGACAUCUGGCACACUCCCGCUUUCCAAAGCUUUGAUUCCAGCAGGAUGGAGUACCAACUCCUGGAAGACUAGACUGAUGGACUACAAACACAACACAGAUCUUUGGUGUUUGGGAUUUCUUUGUUUUAUUUUGUUCCUUCCUCCCCACCCCAAACAAACCCAUGCUGCCUCUGCUGAUAGGAAGAAGAGAAGGCAACAACAUACUGUGUGAUUGAAAGCCGUGGAUGAGAUGGAUUGCAGUGGACCUACAGGAAAGACUGUAGGCUUCGCAUACUGAGACUACUUUACGAGAAAAGACCUUAGAACAAAGCUGCCAAUUAGACAAAUGCAUUUAGAAAGUACAUACAUCAUAAAUGUUAAAAAGACAGGGAUUUAAGAUUAAAAAAAAGCUUUUCUUCCUCUGUUGUCCUCAAUAAUCAGAGCUGUGAUUUAAAUCAGGGCUAACUGGUUUAUUCUAAAUUAUGAUGGAAGCCUAAGUACUCGAUUUCAAAUACUUUCUCCCCUUAUUCAAUGAUGUUUGUGAUAUAAAACUGGGAAAAGCAAAGUGAAAUAAAAAUGGAAGUCACUGCAAAAGCCUACAGCACUGUUUAUUCCUUCUUCUCUAUUUGCAAGAGGUCCUAAAUUUAAUCUGACAAGUGAGACAUCCUGGGACAGCCACGUAUGAAAUAUUUCGUAGCUGAAGUGCAGCAUGAUAAGAAGGGAAAAUUACUAUAUGCCAAAAAAAAUUCAAGAGUACAUACAAGUGUGGAAGACAGAGAGAGAAAGAAUAUGGGUGUAUCACUUUCCGUAUAAAAAAAGACACAAACCAAGCAAGGGUCACAGGGAUGCUCGUUAGCCAAGAAACUGAGUCAGGGCUGGUUCUUCCAAGUUCAUGUUGGUUUCUCCUGCACUGGAGACACAGCUGGACAUGCACACAUAAAAGUGCUGACUGCACCCAUCUCUCACCUCAGUCAACCGCACUAAAUUCUGGCAUAAAUUUUCAAGGCAGAAAAAAACAAGUGGCAAUGAGAACACCUUUGCUGAGCGCCACUGUGGAUUUCAUCUCUUUGCCACUCGAUUUAAAAAACAAACAUAAAUUAAGUGUAAGGACUAAAUUAAUGAGCAGUCUUGAUGCCCACUCUGGAUCAGCUCAAUACUCCAAGUUCCUAUUUGUCUUACUGAGUUUAUUUUUUUUCCAGUUGUGUAUUUAGCCACAGCAAUUAGCCACCAGAAACAAGUUUACAAAGGAUGGUCAACAAACAGGGAGAGUAAUAAUAUGAAGCUCUUAAAGACACAAACAGGAUUUGCAGAUCUGCAUCAGCAAAGAAACCACACAAUACAGAUUAAUCCACGAUGCUAAGAACAGAAAACACUCCAUGCGUUCAAUUCAUAGUGAAAACCAAUUAGGAACCCUAUGUUAUGGUACAAACUUCUCAACUGUUAUGUCCCAUCUUUUAGAUUUAUUCAACGUAUCUGGCAUUUUUCUGGGCAUUCAAUAUGAGAGAAGUCAAAAAGAUUUGUUAUUAUGGGAGGGUGGGAAAAACCAAACAUAAAGGAAAUGCAGAAUAUAUCAUAGUUCAGUAUUGGAACCAAACUUUCAAAAACCAAGUGUUUACCAAUGAUCUGAUGAACUAAGUGUGUUACUGAUUUGCUUUUGCUAUUGGUGACAUCAAACACCAACCUACAUA